UGGAAUUUCAGUUAUCGAAGAGUUUUACGAAAAACAGAAAUGUUCGAAAAAAAAGUUGACAACAAUAUCAACGCAGUAAAAUGAGUUGAAAUAAAAGUUUAGUUUCUUUUGUGAUAUGUUGAUAAUUUAACGAGUUCGAACUGUGAACCUUUACAUAAACUUAGAACUAUGAACUUAUCGAAAUUUUCACCAAGAAUAUCUUUAUCAUCUACCAUAGUCCUCUUAUUAUCAGUGCAACUAAUUAUCAUUAUCAAUACUUCAAUCGCUUGUGUCAAUUGUAAUCCAAAUGAUAAUGAUGUUGCAAUUAAACAACAGCAACAAUCAUUACCAACCGUUGGAGCACCUUGUGCAUCACCGGAAGUUCUGGUCAAUGGUUCACCAAGUCCGGAUAUACUUGACAUGGUGACCGGAGGUAAAUCUUCAACUUUCACUUCAAUAGAGGAGAUACUUUUUGUUGGUCAGUUGAGUCCGAAUGAUGAGAAACGCAUUUGUAAAAUCAAAUGUAUCAAAGGUGUUUGGGUUGGACCAAUGUGUGCAUCUAAACCAGGAAGCGAUAUAUUUGAACAUCCAACAUUUAAAGAUUGCCAAAUGAAACCUAAAUCAAGUGAACUCGUUAUAACUCAUAAUGUUUCACAAAUUGUUCUGGAUCGAGUUCAAACUUUUACUGACCAAAGUAUCAUUAAGGUACGCUGUACCGAAGUGGGUCUAGCCAAAUUUACCGGAUACUCUGAACUUCAAUGUAUCAAAGGUGUUUGGGAUCACCCGUUACCGAAAUGUGAAGAGACAACAUUGCAAACCAAUUUUUCUCUUGACUCACCUCCAUCAAUUGUAUAUAGUGUAACCUCAGGUGAUGUUGGGAUAACAGAUUCUGGUGAACUAUUGAUUACUCCAGGAACUGUACUUCAUCUUGAUUGUUUAUUUUCACGAUCAAAUGGCGAUCCAGAGUGGACAUGGACAAUGGCUCAAAGACAAUAUCCAGCUGGUUGGGCAGUAAAUGAGGAUUCCCGGAACUGGAAAUAUCGUCUCUCUGUUUAUUAUACCAAUGAGAAAGAUUCUGGACAAUUUAAAUGUACCACCCCCAAAGGACAUUUUAACAGUAUCACCAUUAAAGUUAAGGAUAUUGAAUGUCCACCAAUUGAUUCAAGUGACCCGAACCGGAUAAUGACCGUUGAUGGGAGGAAGAUGCACUCACAGGCUCGUUUCUCGUGUGUUGAAGGCUAUUACCUUAUGGGCUUUGAUGAUAUCAUAUGUACACCAAAUGGUUACUGGUCUCAUCCUUUACCAAACUGUCAAGCAAUUGAAUGUCCACCUUUAUCAACUGAUGAUCCAUACCUGAAGAUAUCAACUUACAAUCGGACAUUUGGAUCUCGAGUUUACUUUACCUGUCCCAAUGGAUAUAAGUUAAAUGGCUUAUCAUCAAUUUCGUGUUUCAAAAAUAAUACUUGGAGCAAUGAGAUACCUCAAUGUGAAGAAAACACUUGCCCCAUGCCAUCAACCCCAUCCAAUGGACGUCUACUGGACACUGGUCACUAUCGUACUGGUGAUUAUGUUCAAUACUUUUGUAAUUCAGGUUACAUCAUGAUCGGUGAUGGUUUAUCAAUUUGCCUUGAAAACGGAACUUGGUCCAAACCAACACCCAUUUGUAAAGCUUCAUGUGAAUUUCCCGGUGAACCAACUAAUGGUUACCUGAUACCAACCAAAUUUCAUUACAAUAUCGGUGAAACAAUUUCAAUUGUAUGUAAACCUGAUUAUCGUCUCCAGGGAUCAACUAUACUUACCUGUAACUCUGAUGGACACUGGUCAGCCCCAUUACCUUUCUGUAAACCAGCUUAUCCAUUAAUUUAAUAUAUUAAAUGAUAAAAAAACAAAGGUU